AACACAGUGUAGGGUAGGCGGCACCUAGCCAGCCAUGAUAGCAGGGACUUUAGUGGGGACGAUGAGAGCUGGACUGCGUCGACGCGUCGCUACCCUGAACAUCCAAGGUCUUGUUCCUUACUCCUUGGCUUGGCAACUGCAGCAGAAAUUGGUGGCACAACGCAUUGUCUGGCAGAAGGAGGAACAAUCUGGCUUUGACGCCAUGUUGGUCCUGGAGCACUCGCCUGUCUACACAUUAGGCCGCUCUGCCAAGCCCGGGGAUGUUAAAUUUCCUCUGGUGGAGGGUACUGGCCAGGGCGGGCGGGGAUUUGAGGUCUUCAAAACGGACCGAGGCGGACAAGUAACUUGGCAUGGUCCCGGCCAGAUAGUGAUCUACCCAGUGGUGGACCUGACGCACCACAAGAAGGAUUUGCGGUGGUACGUCAGGGGCCUAGAAGAGGUGGUGCUUCGGGUGCUCGCCUUACACGGGGUGGAGGGACAGCGGGACGAGAAACACACAGGCGUGUGGGUGAAAGAGCAGGGCCCGGAGGGGGAGGAGCUGACGAAGGUGGCCGCGAUCGGCGUCUCCGCGAGCCGGUGGGUGACCUGCCACGGCCUAGCCCUGAAUGUAGACCCAGACCUACGGGCUUUCGAGUCGAUUGUGCCGUGUGGCGUGAGAGACCGUAGAGUCGGGUGCCUCAAAACCCUCCUCUCACCUCAUGUCGCAGCCGAGCUAACGACAGCUCAAGUGCGCUACGAGCUCAUGGAGGCUUUUGAAGAUGUUUUCCCGAGCAUGGAACUGUGUGUCCAGGAGAAAAAGGAUCAGUUGAAGGGAACGGUGGACGAGAUGGUGCUUGAGGAUGAGGAGCGAGAGGACUAUGUGUAGCUUGGUGGAUGAACGUGGCUAAAAGGCAAUCUCCACGACAGGAAAAAAGGUUAUAUAGGAGAUUUCCUGCCUGUAGAUAUUUGUUACGGACGGAACUGAACAGAAUGUUCACCAUUGCCAAGGUCUUCUGAGGGCUUUCUUACCGGAGAAAAAGAGAGCAGGGAAAAAAAUGGUUGAAAAAGAAAGUAAUUUUCCCGACAAGACACACCAAG